CAAUAGUUUAUGAACACAUGUUAGGGUCCUUGAAUUUUGUUGCCAUACUAUCUUGUAUUUGCUAUUUAAAAAAAUUGGUAAUUUCAGGACUGAACUCUGCCGAUUCAGUGGGGCCAAGAUAUACCCUGGCAAGGGUAUCAGAUUUAUUCGUUCAGACUCUCAGGUCUUCCUCUUUUCCAAUUCAAAAUGCAAGAGGUACUUCCACAACCGGCUGAAGCCCUCAAAGCUCACCUGGACAGCCAUGUACAGGAAGCAGCAUAAGAAGGAUGCCGCUCAAGAAGCUGUUAAGAAGAGGCGUCGCACUACCAAGAAACCUUACUCGAGGUCCAUUGUUGGUGCUACUUUGGAGGUCAUACAGAAGAGAAGAACCGAGAAACCUGAAGUUCGUGAUGCUGCCAGGGAGGCGGCCCUGCGUGAAAUCAAGGAGAGGAUUAAGAAAACCAAGGAUGAAAAGAAGGCUAAGAAAGCCGAGGUGACUGCGAAAACACAGAAGUCACAAGGCAAAGGUAUUUCAAAGGGUGCUGUACCAAAGGGCCCCAAGCUUGGAGGUGGUGGUGGAAAGCGUUGAAAGGCCAUUUUUGGCUGUUGUGUUCUUAUUGGGGUAUAUGUCAUAAGCUAGAAAUUUUAUCAAUGAUUUUGUACGGUGGGAUGAUUUAUUUUCUCGUUUAGUUAGAGUUUAUGGGCAUGCUUAUUUUCCCUCUAUUUUAUGUGUAACUUUUUUUUAAAAUACAUUUUUGCUCCAGUGGAUUUUAAUUUGUGGUUUAUUUUGAAGGAAUGGUUGAAAUGUUCUAAAACAAAGCUGUUUAUUAUAUAUAUUUGAGUUGCUUGAUGUUGUAAGUA